UGUGGCAAGCUCCAGAGUAUCUUCGCGCGUGCGCACUAUCGCGAGAGAGCGUGCUCGUGUGCGCGUGCGUAUGUGUGUUGCCCUUCAGCCUCCGCGGUUUUCGCAGCACCGCAAGCUUCUCGUCCCGGAGCUCGGAAUGUUCCCGGAACUCAAUAACCUCCUCAACACCAGCCCUGACAGGGCGGAGCAGGGGAAGUUGACUCUACUCUGUGAUACCAAUACUGAUGGCAGUUUCCUUGUGCAUCACUUCCUCUCCUUCUACCUCAAAGCUAAUUGUAAAGUCUGCUUUGUGGCACUUGUCCAGUCCUUCAGCCACUACAACAUUGUGGGACAGAAGCUGGGGGUCAGCCUGACCGCAGCGCGGGAACGUGGGCAGCUCGUGUUCUUGGAGGGUCUCAAGUCUGCAUUGGACAUCUUCUUCCAGGAUCAGGAGGCGUCACACCCCCUACAGUUUCUCAGGGAGGCCGGUGCUGGGAACCUACAGCCGCUCUAUGAAUUUGUGCUUGAUGCCCUGAAGCCCGUGGACAGUGGGGAGAUGACGUGGAAAUUCCCAGUGCUGCUGGUGGACAACCUCAGUGUGCUUCUGAGCCUGGGCCUGGGGACAGUGGCCAUACUGGACUUCAUGCAGUACUGCAGAGCUACUGUGUGCUGGGAAUUGAAGGGAAACGUGGUAGCCCUCGUGCACGACAGCGGGGAUGCCGAAGAUGAGGAGAACGACGUCCUGCUGAAUGGCCUCAGCCACCAGAGCCACCUGGUCCUGCGGGCUGAGGGUCUGACCACGGGCUUCUGCAAGGAUGUGCACGGGCAGCUGAGGAUUCUCUGGAGGAAACCAUCACAGCCCACAGCUCAGCGGGACCGGAGCCUCAUUUACCAGUACAAGAUACAGGACAAGAAUGUGUCCUUUUUUGCCAAAGGAAUGUCUCCUGCUAUUCUGUGAGCUGGUUUAGAAGCAGCUAACACUACUUUGAACUGUUUUUGGAUAUGGAACAUAAAGCAUAAAGCAUCCGAAUGGAAA